UCAAGCGCCAGACCCUCGACCUCCACACCGCCGCAGAGCUCUACCGCGACCGCCGCGGCCGCCACCCGCCCCCGGGCUUCGACGCCUGGUUCGCCUACGCCCGCAAGCACAAUGCCGUCAUUGUCGAGUCCUUCUUUGACCGCAUCGAGGCAGACAUCGGGCCCUUCUGGGGCGUCGACCCCCACAAGCUCGCAGACGCGGCCGCCUCGUGGCACUCGACCGUCAGCGUGCGCGGCGGCAAGGCCAGGGCGACGGGCAAGCUCGGCAACCGCAACACGCCGUUCCUCAAGAUCUGGACGGACCUGGUGGCCGAGGCUGGCGCGUACCUGCCCGACGUCAACGUCCCCAUCAACAACCUCGACGAGCCCCGCGUCAUGAUCCCCUGGGACGACGUCAAUAACCUCAUGCAGUCGGAGCGUGCCUCCCGCAAGGUGCUGCCCGUCGAGGAUAUCGAGCAGCAUUUCACGACAGCAGUCCCUACCGUCGACCCCCAGGCCCAGUACGUCGAGCCCGAAUGGCAUACUUCAGGCAUGUGGGACAUGGUGCGGCAAGCCUGCCGCCAGGGGAGCGGCGGCCGCAACAUGGCCCAGCCAGGCGACUUGUCCCGCCCACCGCAUUACCUGCCACCCGGCAUGGUCGAGGUUAUGACCAGCGGCUACAUCAAGAACUUCACCGCGGCCAAGGACCUCUGCGAAAUGCCCCAUCUCAGCGGCGUGCACGCGCACCUCAUCCGCCCUUCGACCAUGAUGAUGACGACAAGCCCCGUGCCCAUCUUCAGCGGUUGCAAGAUGCUGGUCAACAACGACAUCCUGCUUCCCGGAGCCGCCUACCUGGGCGAGUUCACCAGUCUCCUUCCAUGGUCUACGCCGCACUAUAAUGCCAAGUCGACCACAUCAAUCCAGUGGAGGAAGAAAGUGGGGGGGGUCUUCUGGCGAGGGAUCACCUCGGGCGGCCUGAGCUCCGAGGACGACUGGAACCGCUCCCAGCGCUUCCGGCUGGUCGAGAUGCUCAACGGCACUCACAUGUCGCGGGUCGAGCAGGGCCUCGAGGAGGCCAGGUCGUUUGAGCUGCCGGCCACGGACGAGCAGGCGCACGCGGGCAGGCCUGUCGCAUAUCCCGAGCUGGACCAUGACCUGCACGGCAAGCUGGGGCCGUGGCUCGAGUCCAUCAGCAACGUCGGCUUCACACGCUUCUUCUGCGAGAAGGGCAACUCUCUCGAGGCGUGCUCGUUCCUGCAGCCCUUCUUCGCCCUCCGGGACGAGGUCGCCAUGAGCAAGCAGUUCCGCUACAAGUUCCUGCCCGACACGGACGGCAACAGCUACAGCGGGCGAUACCGCAGCUUCCUCCUGUCGACAUCGCUCCCGAUCAAGUCGACGCUCUUUGCCGAGUGGCACGACGACCGCCUGCUGCCAUGGCUGCACUUUGUGCCGACGUCGAUCGAGAACCAGGACCUCCUGGCCAUCCUGCACUACUUUACGCGGGACGAGCGGGGAGACAAGACUGCGCAGUUCAUCGCCGAGCAAGGGGCCGCCUGGGCAUCGCGCGUUCUCCGGAGGGAGGACAUGUUGUUAUAUGUAUGGCGGGUGCUGCUCGAGUUUGCCCGCGUGUGUGACGAGAAGCGCGAGCGGCUGGGCUUUGUCAAGGAUCUGCGGUGAGGUUACAAAGUGUAGUAAAUAACACCAUACAUAUUAUGUACAUACAUCACACUUGACCCAUUCAUUCUGGGCUGAAACUUGGCGAUGAGGGGUGCAACCACCCCAGGUCGUACGUUUCAAGCAAGCACAUAUAGCUGGGCAUCUCCCUAUGCAUGAAUCUGGCACC